AUGGCAAAGAAUAAUUGGGAGAGUGAGGAAUUAUCAGAGGUGGAUCAACUUUAUCAUCAUGAAAUAAUAUCUCCACCAUGUCGUGGUGCGGAUCUGCUGAGAACAGCUCGAUACAACAAGGAAAUGGCCUUCAGUCUACCUGAACGACAACAUUUGAGAAUCCAUGGCCUUCUACCAGCAGCAUUUGAAACCGAAGAAUUACAAGUUUAUCGAGUGAUUUGUCAAUUACGAGCAACAAAUGACGAACUUUUGAAAUAUAUUAUUUUAGAUAAUCUCCAGGAUCAAAAUGAGAAACUUUAUUACCGUGUUGUUACUGAUCAUGUUCGGGAGCUAUUACCAAUUAUUUAUACCCCAACCGUUGGCUUGGCUUGUCAAAAAUUUGGCCAUAUUUUUCGACGACCAAAAGGUAUUUUUAUAACAGUAAAUGAUAACAGUGUGAGCAAAAUCUACCAAAUAUUGAGUAAUUGGCCAGAAUAUGAUGUCAGGGCUAUCAUUGUCACGGACGGUGAACGCAUUCUCGGUUUGGGUGAUUUGGGUGCAUACGGUAUGGGCAUACCGGUUGGAAAGCUGUCGCUCUACGUGGCGCUCGGCGGCGUUCAACCCAGCUGGUGCCUUCCAGAAUUGUUAGAAGAUCCUUUUUACAUCGGAUUAAGACGGAAGCGAGUACGUGGCGCCGAAUAUGAUUUAUUGAUUGAUAAUUUUAUGAAAGCAUGUGUUAAAAGAUUUGGCCAAAAAACACUGAUACAAUUCGAGGAUUUUGCGAACACCAAUGCGGGGCGUUUAUUAGCGAAAUACAGAGAUAAGUAUGCAAUGUUCAAUGAUGACAUCCAAGGUGAGAAAGAUUGUUCAGACAUCUUACAAAUCAAAAGUGAUAAAACAAACUGCUCCAUUGUAGGAACAGCUUCCAUUGUUAUUGCCGGUCUGCUAUCAUGCGGAAAUAUUUUGCAAAGAAAAAUGAGCGAGCAAAUAUUUUUGUUUUUGGGCGCUGGGACGGCAGCGACAGGUAUCGCCGACAUGUGCGCAUUACAAAUGCAAUGUGAAGGCACAUCAGCAAAGGAUGCAUACAGACGGAUAUUCCUCAUCAAUAGCAAAGGAUUGAUUACUGUAAACAGUCCAAUAGUGAAGCCUGAGCAUGAGAAAUAUGCCAAAGAAAUGCCGCAUAUUAGCGAUUUGCUUGAGAUCAUCGAGAAAGUUCGGCCAACCGGUAUUAUCGGUGCGUCAACCGUGCGGGAUGCAUUCUCUCAACAAAUAAUACAGAAAAUGGCUGAGCUAAACGAACGGCCAAUCAUUUUUGCAUUAUCAAAUCCGACCAGCAAAUCUGAAUGUACUGCUGAAGAAGCAAUUCGAUACACUAAAGGAAAAGUAUUAUUUGCAAGUGGAAGUCCAUUUCCAGAAGUAAAUUAUGACGGAAAACGGUACAAGCCCGGACAAGGCAAUAAUUCGUACAUUUUCCCGGGAGUUGGUUUGGGGGUUGUGUUAUUUGAAGUGCGACAUAUCGACGAUGAAAUAUUUUUGAUCGCCGCGAGGAAAGUUGCAUCUAGCGUAACCGAACGAGACAUAAGUUUCGGUCGCAUUUAUCCGAGUCUUCGUAGAAUUCGAGAAAUUUCAGCUGCGAUAGCACUAGAAAUUGGACAAUAUAGCUAUAAGCACGGAAUAGCUGGUCUAUAUCCGGAACCGGAAAAUAUGAAAAAAUAUAUCCAGUCACAGAUUUAUUCGAUACAUUACGACGAAUUGAUCUGCGAACAAUACAAUUGGCCAAUUGAAGAUACGAAGAGAAACAUUUCUGUUCCGUCAACCGAUGAGAACAGUAACUGA